UUCCCAGCCCAGAAUGCCCUUGCCUCCGUGCUGUGAGCCGGGAGAGACGGAGAGGAAGGAGAGUGAAGCCACAAUAGAGACACCAGCAGGUGCUGAGGAUAGAGAGAAUAAGGUAGAAAAGAAAUAGGGGGCCAAAAAAGGAAGAGAAGUGUGUGAAGAGCAGAAAACAGUCAGACAGAAACUAAAACAACCUGCUGUUUUUUUUUUCCUGAGCUGGAUUCCACUUAUUUUCUGUUUCAGCCACCUUCACUGAGCUCUUCACUCUCCUUCUCCUGUACGGAUUUUCCUUCCUCGGAUCAUCCCCUCCUCCUCCUCCUCCUCCUCCUCCUCUCUGACAGACAAGUGCCACCAUGGAAACUGGGAGCCCCAGGAAGAUACAGUUCACCGUCCCCCUGCUGGACACCCACCUGGACCCAGAGGCAGCUGAACAGAUCAGAAGACGAAGACCCACUCCUGCCACUUUAGUGGCUUCCAGUGAUCAAUCAUCACCUGAAAUAGAUGAAGAUCGCCUCCCAAACCAGCUGUACAAGGCAGCCUUGUUGAACUCCCCUCGACAACGGCGAAAAGGACAGAAGGGAACUCCAACGAUGAAAGAGCUGCAGUUCCUGGUAGAGCACCACCUGUACAGGCAGCAGCAGGGAGCCGGGGACGAGUGCUCCUCGGAGAGCUGCCUGUCGGACCGGCCCAGCCCCGACUCCGUUCCCACCGGGGAGGAGCUCCCACACGACGACGAGGCCACUGCGGAGGCCUUUGAGAAACUGCGCUGCCAAAUGGAGGAGUUCUCCAGGGAGAGUCUAUUAGAGGCUGCAGGUGGACUCGAGUGCCCCCUCUCCAAGGAGAAAGAGGACUGUUCCGGCGUUGCCAAUGUAGCAGAUCCCUCGUCGCAACAAAACAACGCACAAGCAGACACAAAAGCUGCAGCAUCCAGCGCGAGUCAGCCGGCAGAGGAGAAGACAAAGAAGAGCAGCCUGGAGAAAGAGAAAUAGAGCGGCCGUCUGUACGACACAAUGCUGCUCAGUCUGCUCCGCCAGCCCAACACAAUGACAGAAGAUUGUGUCUGCAGAUCCACUUUUUAGAAAUGUCAGGGCAUAUAUAUCUAUAUUCCUCUACAGUCAGGCCUUAGUUUCCACCUCGACAACAAGAACAAAGGUUUCUACACUUAUUUUGUGUCAAACUUCCUGCGUGACAGGACGAUUAUUUAACUCUAUUUGUUUUCUAUCGCUUCCCCUGCACUCAACUAAAAGUAAAACUAGCCUACUGUACGUACGACCCAGACUGGGAGUUAAUAUCUAGUAAAUGGGACGGUCUUUUCUGGUCUCAGUCACACAAUCAUUACCAUGAACUCACAUGCUUAAUGUCUCCUUUAAUGUUCAAAGGCAACAAAUAUUCUGUUUCAUUAAACAUGUGCCAUGACAUCUGCAGUUAUUGUUCCAUCUCAAAGCAAUAAAAUCAAUUUGUACCUCAUCAAUAAGUUGGACUGAACCCAACAUUUUAAAUUCAUGGACACUGGGGUUGAUUUAAAAUCAUAACUCCUCGUUUACACUCUAAGAUUGGACGUCUACAAAUAUGAUAUUUUUUUCUGAUGCUUGAACAAAUCAAAGCACGUGAGGGGGAAACGUGCACUAAUGAGCUGCUCAGCAUGUUAACAACGUACCGACAAACGUCACCUCAGUCCAGUUCCUCUUCAGUACAGACAACAACAACACACUCUCUGCUCCUGACUUGUAGACGACAACAGGAGUUUGUUUGUUUCUCCUCGUCCUGCCAGAGCUGAAUCCACCAGCUGCUGUCAAUCAAUCACACACACAGACACACCCCCAGCUGCUGAGAGGACCAGCAGCGUUUCUCAUCUUCCUUUUAAUCCGAAACACACACUCACAGUAGAGAGAGAGAUAACUAAACGUGAUUUCAGAUGGACUCUACGUUAUCCUGGUCACAUUAUAAAUCAAAGAUUAAUCACUGGUAAUAUCUCAAUUAACAAUAAUGAUCUCAUGUCUAGUUACAGGAAACCAGACUUUUACCAGCUGAACCAUGUGGUUUUAAACCUCUAGAUAACAAGCAGGGUAUAUUACAGAGGAAUGUGUCUGCAGAUUAAUUUACAUAUUUCAGACAAAUCCACGUCCAGUGAAUAACUUGCACCCUCGUUUUUGACACUUGAAUGCUUCUGGGAAUCUGAACCCUGGUCAUCAAACACACUUUUGCAUGGCACUGAAUGUACAGUGACUUUUUAUUUAAACAAACAUUUUAAACAGCAGACGUUAGCUGUUAGCUGUUAACGACUGGGAUUCCCUUUUAACUCCAGUUUUGUACGUAACAUCAUCUUCAUCAUCACCACACUGUGACAGUAAAUGUUUUUGUCAUGGGUUGUUUGUAUCACUCAUGUAGAUUAUGUGACAAUCCUUCCAUAAGCUUCACCUCAUUCUUGACAUGUCUGAAAGAAACAAAAGAACAAACAGAAAACUAAAGCCACCGUUAGUAUCGAUGUCACUUCAGCAGAUGAAACGAGCAGUUAAUCUACCAGCUGCCAACAAUGACCACUACGUCCACAGCGAACAAAGAAAGACGGUAAAACAUUCCUGUGCAAGCUUUUAGUUUUUUUCCUCUGCGGUGUAUUUAUGGACCACGUAAUGUUUGUUCUGUUUCUGGAUGGUAAUAGUGUACUUUACAUGAAUUCAAUCUGCGGAGUUUUUGUUCCAAUUUUACUUGAAUUGAUUGAUGAUUACAUCUGUAAUCUAAAUUUGUUUGAUACAAUAAAAUGUUUAAAUUGGU